AUGGAGUAUUUCAAGAGUCUCCCUGAUGAUAUUACAUUAGAAAUCCUAACUCGCUUACCAGCCGAAUCAGUUUUAGAGUCCAAAUUAGUAUGCAAAAAUUGGAGAAGUCUUGUUUCUCAUCAUCCAUUAUUCUCACGGAUGCACUUACAAUAUGUCAAUCAUCCUUCCGAUCCUGGUAACUUGGGUUUUCUUGUUCGAGAUCAUGAUUUCGAUGAUCUAGAUCAAGUACAAGGUUUAACUUUAUGGUAUUUAGAUUAUAAUGAUAAACUGGAGUCAAAACCCGUUCAGAGAAUUACAAGGUUUAAUUUCACCCCUCCACCCAGGCAUUUUUGGGUUGUUGGUUCGGUUCAUGGACUGAUCUGUCUUGGUCGGGGACCAUCUUUUUUGAUCUGUAACCCCAUCACUAGAGAAUAUGUUUUGCUUCCGGAAAUUAAAAGAGAUCAGGAUGAGGGUAUUGAUAUAGAUUUCAGCUGUAUGAGCGGAUUUUGUUAUGUUUCUUCAACGAAUGAGUAUAAAGUUAUAAGAAUAGAUGCGGACAUGAAUCCAUCGAUAGUCCACAUAUACACUCUAGGAUCUGGCAAUGGAUGGAGAAAACUUGGCAACAACUUCAGUUCUGAAUGGUGCCAUUUUCAUUGGAAUGAUGCUGCUCUUUAUUGGCUGGAUGAUGAACUAAAAAUGAUUGGUACCUUUGAUUUCGUUGAGGAAAAGUUUGGCGAAUUUAUUUCACCACCUCCUUUGCCACCAGAUAGUGAAUGGUUUUGUUGUCACCUAGGGGUUUUGGAUGGGUCUUUGUAUUUUAUUGGUAAUGUAGAUCUUAUAGAAGAUGACAUUCAUGACUCAUGGCUAUUUAAACCGAAGAAUAAUGAUAAUGCCAUGAAAAAGGGAGAUGGACAUCGGGCAUUGGGUUGGAGUCAAGAGUUUAAGGUUGAGAAAACCAGAUUAUUAGAGGUUGCGAAGAGUUGUGGUGCUUUUAACCUAUAUUGGUACCAUCUCAGCAGUUACAACAUAAAAGCUUCAACGUCAAAAAUGCUUGUGGAUUUUAAGCAAAGGAAUUGUAAACUUAUCCCUCACAAGAACACCUUGGUUUCCUUGAAAGAAUUUGGGGAACUAGAUACAAAGACAAUGGAGACAGUUGAAAGACACAAAGAGCCUUGA